GAAGAAGAAGACUAACAACCCAAAAGAUCCAAAAGAUCCAAAAGAUCCAAAAGAUCCAAAAGAUCCAAAAGAUCCAAAAGAUCCAAAAAAGACCUUCUUUUCAUUACUUGGUACUUGGUACUUGGUACUUGGUACCUUCGGACUACUUGACUAGUCCCGCGCCAUAUCCUCCUAAACCCGAUUUUCUUAUUUUUGGUUGCUUCCAUCACUUCCAUCACUUCCAUCAUACAUCCGCCUCUUCCCUCUUCCCUCUUCCCUCUUUCCUCAUCAAUCUUGUGAUAAUCAGUCUUCUCUUAUACAUCACACUCCUCCCUCCACCUCUCCUCUGUCCUGUCCUAUCUGACCUUCCUUCCCUUCCAAAGUCUUUUAUACUUUUGGGUUUCACUACAACGACAACGUCAAUUUUAAUUUUAUGAUUCGAUAAAAUUAGAUAAUCACAUCUUCUCUCUCUCUCUCUCUCUCUCUCUCACACACACACACACAAUAAAACACAUACAAACAAAUCAACAAACAAACAUUAUCCAUCAUUCAUGAGAUAAUCUUACAUUUCGUCAAUUAUAAAUCAGCAUCCUUCCUCUUAAACUCCGCCAUCUUCCUUUGCGCGUAUCCGCCGAUCCCGUAGAAACGCCUCACUCUCACUCUCACUCUCACCCUCACCGUGUGAACAAAAAAAAAGUCUCAACGGCUUCAACAUCAUCUUCGACCUCUACUUGAUCAUUCCUUUGAUAACUUUACCUCCCUCAUAAUUUGCCAUGCCGGAAACAAAUUAUUACUCGUCGACAACGUCGCCAACAUUUACAAAAUCCAAGAUGCCGUUCUCAUGGCCGUCGAUACCAAAUCCUAUACCUCGUAGAAUGAGAAGGAGGCUGAGGUCCAAGUUUCGUUCAAAUUUACCUCCGGCUUCAUCGAUAGCUUCAAUUGAGACGUCUUUCAAUCCAAAGGAUACAUUACGAGCUCUCAGGUCACAUAGAUGGUCGGUGUACGAUGGUCAAUAUUUGAUCUUGAUCAUUAUCGCAAUCUUCUCGCUUUCAAUCAGUCAAGCUCCUGGGCCUCUCAUGAAGACUGGAGCUGCUACUCUCUUAAUGCUUGCACUUCUCAUGCCAGUAACAAGACAAUUCUUCUUACCAGUUCUCCCAAUCUUCACCUGGUUGGUUUUCUUUUUCAAUGCUCGAUUUAUUCCUGCCGAAUAUCGACCACAUAUCUGGGUUAAAGUUCUACCUGCCCUCGAAAACAUCUUUUAUGGCGCAAAUAUUAGCAACAUUCUCUCGGCACACCAAUAUGUCGUUCUUGAUGUCCUAGCAUGGUUACCCUACGGAAUUCUACACUUUGGAGGACCGUUUGUUUGGGCCGCCUUGAUGUUUCUUUUCGGUCCUCCCGGUACCGUACCAGUAUUCGCACGAACCUUCGGUUAUCUGAACAUUAUUGGGGUUGCCAUUCAAUUGAUCUUUCCUUGUUCGCCUCCAUGGUAUGAGAAUUUGUAUGGUCUUGCGCCUGCCAACUAUUCCAUGGAAGGAUCACCUGCAGGUCUCGCGCGAAUCGAUUUACUGUUCGGUUUUGACAUGUACACUACGAACUUUACCGCAUCACCUUUAGUGUUUGGAGCCUUCCCAUCAUUGCAUUCGGGUAAUGCAGUAUUGGAAGCACUUUUCAUGAGCCAUUGCUUCCCAAAACUCAGACCAUUCGUUAUUGGAUACGCCAUGUGGAUGUGGUGGGCAACCAUGUAUCUAUCUCACCAUUAUGCCGUUGAUCUCGUAGCCGGAGGCUUCCUUGCCGCCAUUGCUUUCUACAUCUCCAAGACAAACUUCUUGCCAAGAAUCCAAUCAGACAAGAUGUUCCGUUGGGAUUAUGACUAUGUUGAGAGAGGUGAUGCACCUGCCGGCAUUUACGAAUACGGACUUGCAGUUCUCGAGCAAGAUUUCCGUCAUGAUAGCAGUGACGAGUGGACCAUGGGAUCAUCCUCUUCAUUUUCUUCUGGAUCAAGAAGCCCAACUGAUGAAAACGGAUCAGCAUGGGAAGGUGAUACCCUAGCAUCUCAAGCUUCGGAUAGUGAGCUUAGUGAGGUCGUUGUUAGGUGAUUUUUUCACAUCUGCAAUAAUAUUGCACUCGACAAGAGUAAUUUCUCUUAACUUUCCAAGUUGAUAGAAAUUCUCAUCAUGAUUUAACGGCAUUAUCAUGUUACGGCGUUUCCACAUGAGCGACUUCUAUCCUAAUUCGACUUCCGAUUUCCGACAUUCCCUGGAUUACUGGACAGUUCGAACAUUUGUACAUAUACCUCUUUUAACUAUUUUCGGGACCAUUCAAUUCGAAGAUUUGGAUACACGAGUUCCUUACAGUAUAUACUAAUGAUAAUACUGCCGGAAUCAACUGAACCAUGCCGAUCUGCUGCGUCAUUUCGACAUGGCAAGCGAUUUCUGGCUAAAACAUUUCGAUUUCAACUUCAUUUCUUACUGUUCAUAAUACACCUAUCAUGGUUGAUUAUGAACAUGGGCACUUUUUUUUCUUAUUCGCCCACUUUGUGUGAAUAAACCGUCCAACUAUCGCUAGAGUUACCGCCGCUUUUACCUCUUCUCUUAGGGGGUGUUUUUAUAGAGAAAAGUUUGUGCUGGGCUCGCUAUACAUGUAUAUUCUCUUCAUUUUUUUAAUGAGAAUUACUUUUUAAAGUCUCUCGCUGAAUAUAGAUUCUGAGAUUAUUCUUUAUUACUUCAGUUGUUUUGUUGGUGGUGGUGAUAAGAUGAGGAAAUGGGGGAUUUUAAUGUCAUGGAUGGAUGUAAUGAGCGUGGGAUAAGGGAUUAUAGAUGGAUUUCCUAAAUGGUUUACCAUAACAUAGCAUAACCUAAUUUUGGUUUGGGCUUACAUCUGUCGUUAUAGACACGAUUCGGAUUGGAUCGAAUCGAAUUGAUGGGAUCAUCACACACUUUUGGAUUUGGAAUGACUUUAGGGUGUGAUGUAUAAAGAUGAGAUGGAAAGGAGAUCGAGGGAAGGGAGUGAUUCUCUUUUCUCACGAAGGAAUGGCAAGGGAAAAGAAAAAGGAGAGUGUAGUUGAAGUAAUGAAAUGAAAUGAAAAAGAACAAGAUGAAGAUAUAAAGAUUAAGAUGAAGAUCAAGAUGAAGGCGAUUGAUAUGAGUUGAAUGAAAUGAAAUCUAGAUGAAUGAAUGAAUGGAUUUGAAUAUA